ACAAGACUAUAUAUACGUGGAGGAAUACAUAAUAGAGGAAUGUGUUGCAGAACUCAGAAGCCAUUUUGAGAUGAUGUCCCUGUUGAGAAAACCUAUGAAGAUGCUGAAAUCAACGAGCAUGGUUACAUUUCUGUCUGUUUCUCCCUCCGUCUCCUCUAUUUCACCAUGGCAGCUGUCAACCGACGGGACAUUAGCAAAGCGGGGUAUCAAGCUGUGCUCACAGAGUUAAAACGUCAUUGAUAUGAAAGAGGAGAGUGUCUGUUUACUGUCUCUGUCGAGACAUGUAACACCGUGAGUUUUUUCCAGUCUGAAAUCUUCCAGCAUCUCUCACAACCCAACGUCUCCUUGAGUGACUGUGUUAAUUCACUCUUGUACCGGAGAGAAGGGAGGCAGAUCCGUUUUCCAAUGGCUUCUGUGAGCCUUGUUUCCAGUCCCCCAGCCCCUGUUCUUGACAAAAACAUGACAGACUCUGAGCUUGCAGGGGAUGAAAGAGAGGAUGGCGAACUAGAAGAUGGAGAAAUAGAUGAUGAAGGGAUUGGGAUUGAAGAGGAAAACAAAGAGGCUACAGAGGUGAAUGAAGAAAAAGAAAAAGAGAAGGACAAGGAGAAAGAAAAAGAGAAAGCUAAAGAGAAAGAAGAAAAGACUCACAGGCACUCCAGGAAAAGAUACAAAAAGACCAGAGAGAAGAGGAGGUCUAAAAGGAGGAGACGUGACAGACAGAAACACCACUCCCCCUCCAGCAGCUCCAGCUCUGACAGUUACGACUCUGACUACGACCGACCAGAAAGGCCCAAGAACAGGAAGAACCAGGGAUCUAGCCGCGAAUCUGAUGGCCAGCCCUCUCAGCAUGGACGGGAUUCAAAGGGAGGCCACGGCAACUCACAGAAGUCCCCGCCGCACAAGAGCAGCGAUUUUGACAAAUACAGCGACUACAGCGAUGACAAGUAUGACUAUGAUGAAGAGGAGGAUGAUUAUGACGAUGACAUGUCCGAGUAUCAGCAGGCAAAAGAUUCAACAUCCCCAGGUCAGGGAAAGGGACGUCAUCCUAAAGACCAGAUGAAGAGAGGAGGCAUGAGGGGGAUGAAACAACAACAGUUCGGGCAGAGGGGAAGAGGCAGAGGGAGUGGACCAGGCAGAGGACGCGGGAUGCUCAACAAGAACAAGAAGAUGAAGGGCAAAAUGUGGGGGGGACGAGGACGAGGGCGAGGAGGAGAUCAGGGAAUGGAAGACAUGGCACUGGAGGGAAAAAAUACUGGUUUUCAGAAGAAACGUCCAAUUAUGAGCAAAGAGUUUAUCAAUCAGCACACAGUCGAACACAAUGGUAGAUACAUCUGCAAGUAUUUCCUGGAGGGCCGAUGCAUCAAGGGGGAACAGUGCAAGUUUGAACACGAGCUCGUCGUGCCAGAUAAGAAAAAGGAACUCUGUAAAUUUUACCUCCAAGGAUACUGCAGUAAAGGAGACAAUUGCAUUUACAUGCACAAUGAAUACCCGUGCAAGUUCUUUCAUACGGGAGCCAAAUGUUAUCAGGGGGACAACUGCAAAUUCUCCCAUGAGGCUCUGACUGAUGUGACCAAAGAGUUGCUUGAUAAGAUUAUUAACACCGAAGAGGAGAAUGCCCGCGAGGACGAAUUGGAGCUGGAGGAUCUCAGAAAGCAGGGUAUUGCCCCACUUCCAAAGCCUCCUCCAGGGGUGGGGUUGCUGCCCACUCCUGGUCAGAGCAGUCCUACAGAUGGCCAAGCGGGGAAGAAGAUCCCCUCCCUGUUUGAAAUCAAGGUUCAGCCUACCGUGGACUUGGCUCAAAAAAUUGGUCUGAGUGGGUCCAACUUCUCCCAGAAUCAAGGUGAAGGCACAAAUCAGUUUAGUGGCACCUCAGAGGACACACAGAGUGGAGGUAUGGUGCCUUCAGGCCCCUCUGCUCCUCCUAUUCCUCCUCCUGGAUCACCUGGUCCCAUGGGUCACCCCACGGGAUCAUCCAUGCCGCAGAGCCCCCCAGGACAGCACCCACCACAAGGAUUUCCAAUGCAGCCACCAGUCCCCUCUGGUCAACCCCCACCUUUCCAUGGAAACCUACCUAAUAUCAACCCUCAGAUGAAUAUGCAGAGACCUCCAUUCCCUCCUAUACCAGAUCUACAGAUGCUGCAAAGUCUCUUCCCUUUUCCAUCACUGGGUCAGAACCAGGUAGAGUUCUUUGGCAGCUUCCUGCGAAACCAGACCAUGGGCCAACAAGGAGUGGACCCUAGUGUGGCUUUCAUACAGAACCUCCAGCAGCAGAUGGGUGCAGAGUCACAGUUGCAGUCUUUACCACCAGCAGUACAGAAAGCCAUCUUUUUACACCUGACACAGACACAGAGUAAUGAGCCACAGAGAGCAGAGGCUCAGGAUGAUAACAACACAAACAGAGAUGAAACUACAAACUGGUACUCGAGUGAUGAGGAGGAUGGGAGCUGUGUUGCCUCCAUCCUUAAAUCUCUGAAAAAGCAGAAUGAGAUGCAGCAGUCUCAGUCCAAGCCCCCCCAGGCCGCCCCAGUGGCCCCAGCACUGGGUGACCCUCGGCUUGUGAAGGAGAGGGCCCCGCCCAGUGACCCACGUGUGAAGACGGACCCCCGACAACGGCCCCCUGAUGUGAAAAAGGAGUCGGAUGGAGCUGCAGAUCCACGGCUCUCCAGAGACCCCAGGAAGAUGAGACCGAUGGACACAAGUUCCUAUCGCCAGCAGGGCCACUCUGUUCCUCAGAAGCCUCCCACAGGAGAGGAGGAUGAUGAAGGAGAGAGGGAGCUCAGGGACAGAGCUGUUCUCAUCCCUCUAGAUGCCAGUCCUGGCGUGGUGCUGCGGGACCCUCGAUGUCAGUUAAAGCAGUUUAGCCACAUCCGUGUUGACAUUCUGCUCCAGAGGCCUGCCUUCGCUCAAACAGUGGUGUGGGCACCCGAGGACCUGAUCCCUUCCCUGGUGCCCAAACAGGAACACUCCAUCAACCUUCCUCUUCCACCCUUAAUCGCCGAUGCUCAGAUGAACCGAACAAGCCUGCCUGAACAUCCCCCUGUCUCCAGCCCUCCGCCAUCUGACCCCAGACUGUUGGCUGCACGUUUGAAGGAACGUAUUCGAUUGCCCUCUGGAUCUCUAGAGUCUCGGACCUCCACUGAGAGACCAGUAGACCCACGCCAGCAAAAGGCUCUGGACCCCAGACUCAAGCGUACAGGAAGCCUGGACUCCAAGCUGCUGGUUCAGAAAGAGCCCUCCUCUGGAGGUGGAGUUGUGGACCCCAGGCUACAGAAGGCCAGUUCCAGCUCCUCUCCUCACGCUGCUCGAGCCAAGCCAGAGCCUGAGAGGCUGCCGCCGUAUGCCCCUCGUCUGGCAUCCUCUGGUGGAGGGCUGGAGAGUCCCACUACAAUCCUUGGGGGCAUCAGUCUAUACGAUCCUCGUGCUCAAACAGAGCAGGCUCAGAAGGAGCAAGUAGAGCCUCCUAAAAAGGCGGGUAUUCUGAAACACCCUGCAAAGAGAGACAACACUCCACCACCAUCACUCUCGCCAACUCAACGAAGUGGCUCUUUUGAAGAGGCCAAAAGCACAGACGUUGCCUCAGAUCAGCCUCCACCUUCCAGUUCCCCCACUGUGCCUCCCGCCUCACCUGUCAAACCCCCUGCUGUUCAUAAUCUCCCCAUCCAGGCGCUGGCCGGGCUGAUCCGACCCCAGUACACUGACCCCAGGCAGGCCAAACUAACAGGACAGGGCUCUACAGGAGCACAAGAAGAGGCAGAGGUAAAGAAGGAGCAGGAGCAGGAGGAGGAGCAGAAGAAGGAGGAGGCCCCAAAGGAGGACCCGAAACAGGGGGAUCCAGAAGAGGGGGCAGAAGACAGGACGCUUAAAGAUGUGUUCAAGACCUUUGAUCCCACAGCUUCCCCUUUCUGUCAGUAAACACUUCAGUGUGGAAAUGUGGAAAAGUUGCAUAAGAUUUGUAUAUCGAGGAGACGUGUGUAUUAAUCUUUAUUUAGCUUUACAUGAAUCUAUUUAUUUCUGUAUAUAAAUGAUCCUGUAUAAAAUCACAUGUUAUUGAGUGCACCACACAUUUGACUGAGUAUAGAGAGGAUGCUGGAUGUGUGCAGACACAGUGUAUAGUCCCUUUUAACAUAAUCAUAUUAAUGCUGAAAUGUGUGUUUUGUAAGUGUGUAUGUCAAGGUCUUUUUAUCAUUCUGUAAUUUUCAUGGAUCUUCGAAACAAUCAGAAAAACUUGUAUAGUUUUCACUAAGGACUGACCCACAUGUUGUUUGCUAAACUCUGGGUUCAUUUCAGGCAUUACACCCUGUAGAAUAGAUUCACUCAUUCACUCUACAUACAGAGAGAUAAUGCUGAGUAAUCGAUCAAACCACAAUUGUAAGAAUUCCCUUGAGAAUUUUUGUAUUUACAUAUUUAUUUCAAGACACUUUUAUAUCAAGAAGUAUUUUAAGUUUAUGCUCACUUUUAUGAUAAGGGAUUUUUUCACCAUAAGUUAACCGAUGUUUUAUUGAACAUUUACAUUUUUUACCGCACACACCCUGAUAUGAGCUUGUGAUUUGUUGAGCUCUAACAUGAUCAGGUAAGAUUCCCUGCAGGCCCUCGUAGCAUGUAACAAUGACUGAUUGCAACUCCCUUUUUACAGUUUUUAAAUUAAACUCUACAAUUAAACUAGCUUGCAAAUUUUUUUUUUUUGUGCAAUAUGAGACCGUUCCCUGCUUAGCUGAGAAUACAUUUUCUGUAGUUUUGCAACAUUGCAGCUCUUCAAUUUCAGCUUUUGUUCAUUAUUGGACUGUUGUCAUUUUAAGUGGCCUAAAUGCUUUGAGGAUUCUACUGUUGUGGGUUUUUCUGACUUGCUAACCUUGAAGUAAUGGAUCGUUAAUUGUUAUAUCAUUGUCAUCCCUCAAAACACUCACCGCUGACAAGCUUGUAAGUAGCUCCUAAAAUGUCCCUCACUAUUUUUCAAAACAGAUAAUCAGAAUAAGAAGUCAAGAGAGAAAGAAAAACAGUGUAUUAUACAAAGAGGAUACUAUCUUGUUGACAUUGUAGUUAUGUGUAUAUGUGUUACAAAUAUGACCAUUAUGCCUAUUUUCUCUGUAGAAUUUUAUUGGAGUUGACUGUAGAUGAACCCAUAUGGGGUAAUGUGUGCUACAAAGGGUGGAUGUUGUAGACCUAAGGUGGCAUAUCGCUUGGCAGUUGUUUUAAUUAAAAGUUCUGUGUCUGUUACGUUGAGCUUGUCGUUUGACCGAAACUAAGCUAUUUACUUUUUUUUUUAUCGUUUUCAUAAUUCUCAUUGUAAAUGCCUAUUUUGUAUCACGUGUACAGUGUGUUUUUGAGUGUUUUAAUGAAUAAUGCUUUAUUUUUUUCCCGUCAGUAUGGUGGUUAUGGUUGUAAUAAUACUGUAUGACAUUUUAACAACACAUAUGCCCGUCACAUUUCAGUGAUUUUAUUAUGAAUAUCUGAAAUAAAGAGAUAAAACAUCA